AUGUGGGAUCGGGGGCUUCAGCAGCCGCAGCGUCUGCGACCUGGGCAGAGGCCCAAGGGUUUCUGCCGCAGUGGGGUCUACGGCGGUGCCGGCGUUGGACGUUGCGGCGUCGCUUACGGCGGAGGCCGCUUUGGCAUGGGCACGGUGGUGGGGUUUGGUAACUGCGGAAGCUACGGGGGCCUGGGCAGCUAUAGAGGUCUCGGGGACGGCGUGGCUAUCGGAGGCUACGGUGGCAGCAUCGGCCUUGGUGGAGGGAGAUCUGAAGGGAUUCGGGGCGUCAGCGUCCACCCAGAGCUCCUCAAGCCCCUGUGCGUGGGGGUUGACCCUGAGGAGUGCCAAGUGCGGACCCAUGAGAAAGAGCAGAUCAAGAACCUCAACAACCAGUUCGCCUGCUUCAUCGACAAGGUCCGGCUCCUGGAGCAGCAGAACAAGGUGCUGACCACCAAGUGGGAGCUGCUGCAGCAGUAUGUCCUCCCAGCUACCAGGAGAAACCUGGAGCCCGUGUUCGAGAACUUCAUCUGCAACCUGAGGAAGCAGCUGGAGUGUGUGCUGGGGGAGCGGGAGAGGCUGGAAAAUGAGGAGCGCUGCCUCAGGGACCUGGUUCAAGAGUUCAAGUGCAAAUAUGAAGAUGAGAUCAACAAGCGCACGGCUGCGGAGAAUGAGUUUGUGGUCCUCAAGAAGGAUGUGGACUGUCUUUACCUGACCAAGGAGGAGCUGGAGGUGAGAGUGGGCCUCCUGCGGCAGCAGCUGGAGUUCCUGAAGUGCAUCUAUGCUGAGGAGAGAGCUCAGGUGGAUUGCCAACUGUGUGACACUUCUGUCAUCGUGCAAAUGGACAACAGCCGGGACCUGGACAUGGAGGGCAUCAUCAAGAGUGUUGAGUGCUGCUAUGAGGAGAUUGCCCAGAAGAGCAAGGCUGAAGUGGAAGCUUUCUACCAAACCAGGCUGGAGGAGCUCCACAGCAGCAGGGGCAAGUUCUGUGAUGACCUGAGGAACAACCAGAGCGAGAUAGCUGAGCUGAACCGGAUGAUCCAGAAGCUGCAGUGCGAGUCAGACAACAUGAAGAAACAGAUAGCAGCUCUGCAGACGGCCAUUUGUGAUGCUGAGCAGCGGGGUGACUGCGCCCUCAAAGAUGCCCGUCAGAAGCUGAUCGACCUGCAGACUGCACUGCAGCAAGCCAAGGACAAGAUGGCAUGCUUGCUGAAAGACUACCAGGAGCUGCUGAAUGUCAAGCUGGCCCUGGACAUUGAGAUUGCCACUUACAGGACACUGCUGGAAGGAGAGGAAAGCAGGUAG